CUCAUUUCAUAUCUCACUUUCCCCUCUGUUUCCAUUUUAGCUUUGCUUUUUAAAAUUCCAACAAUCUUUUUGCUCGUUGCUCUUUGUUUUCAUAUUCCUUAAUUGAGUGAUAACGGCACCAUCUUCAUCAUCAUUGUUGAGAACACCUCUUUUCAUUCCAUUCUUUCCGAAAACUUUCCUUUUGUUUUUUCUCGGUAAAAAAAUUCUGGGUUUUGUUUCUUGAUUCUCGGUUUUCAUUGUGAUUAUUGAUCUGGGUGUUCAAAAAUCUUAUCAAGUUUGUGUUUUUUUAAUCAUGGAAAAAGACAAGGCUUUUGUUAUGGCUGAGGUGCUAAACAGAACAGCAAUACGACAACCAACUUGGAACGAGCUGAAUUGUACAUCAGAGCAAGUUGGGAAUUAUUUUCUCAUUCCGAAUUGGGAUAAUUCAGUGGAUCAGAGCGAUCCCUUUGAGUCGGCAUUGAGUUCCAUGGUCUCUUCUCCAGCAGCUUCAAGUGUUCCUCCUGUUUCUGGGGAAAAUGUAAUGAUGAGAGAAUUGAUUGGUAAAUUGGGGAACAUUUGUAAUUCUGGUGAUACUUUCAAUAGUACUAAUACACCUUUCAAUGGUACUCCAUUGAAUUCACCUCCAAAGCUUAAUCUUUCAACGGUGAAUUUACCGAAUCAUUCAACGUUGGCACCGUUUUCUGCCGACCCUGGGUUUGCUGAGAGAGCUGCUAGAUUUUCCUGUUUCAGUGGCUUGAAUGAUCCAUUAAUGGAUUCGUUUAAGCUUUCAGGCAAUCAAGUUAAUGGAUCUCAGAGCAUUCAGAAUUCGCCAAUGGAAUGGAAUUCAUGUUCCGAUAAGAAAAACAGUGGGGGUUCGAGGUCGUCGUCGCCGGAAAAUGCUGAAUCCGGUGUUUCCAAGGAAGAAUCCUCAGUCUCUCAACAUAUCACAGCCCGAAACGAUGCCGGUACCCGGAAAAGGAAAUCGGUUCCCCGGGGAAAAGCAAAAGAAACUCCAUCUCCAGCAGCUGGUGAUACCAAGGUUGCAUCGGAGAUCGUCGAAUCGAACUCGAAACGAAGCAAGCAAGAUGGAGCCCCUGUGAAAGGGAAUGCUAAAGCAGCAAAUGAUGGGAAUUCGAAGCAGAAUUCAGAGAAUUCGAAGCAAAUGGAGCCGCCAAAGGACUAUAUUCAUGUCAGGGCAAGAAGGGGUCAAGCAACUGAUAGUCACAGUCUUGCCGAGAGAGUCCGAAGAGAGAAAAUAAGUGAAAGGAUGAAGUUUCUUCAGGAUCUUGUUCCUGGAUGCAAUAAGGUGACUGGUAAAGCAGUUAUGCUUGAUGAAAUCAUUAACUAUGUACAGUCCUUGCAACGCCAGGUCGAGUUUCUAUCUAUGAAGUUGGCGACUGUGAAUCCGAGGACAGAUGUUGCAAAGGAUAUGUUCCAAUCUCGUGUAUCGCUGCCGCAUGGAAUUUGCUCGAUGGAUUCUUCGGCGACACCGGCAUUUCCGUUCGGAUAUCAUCCCCUGCAAGGGCUACCUCUUACCGAGACUCAGUUCUCGAUGAAAACACAGGGCUUUCAACUGCCUCCAAUCGAUGGAUUAACCAAUGCUAAUCAUCAUGUCGGAUCAAUUUGGGAGGAUGAUCUCCAGAGCAUUGUUCAAAUGGGGUUUGGCCAGAAUCAACCACAGAGCUACCAAGGCUCAAUAGCAACAGGGCAAGUGAAAAUUGAGCUAUGAACGAGCAUUAAACAACACCUUUCUGAUCCAGUGAUUGUAAAUAGAAACGAAAAGAGCCUUGUUUUCCCAGAAAUUGUUUCUGAGACCCAAUUCUUUAGUGAAUUAUUACAAACAAAUCCUGAUUUUUGAUAUUUUAGGACUAAUUACAAUGUAGUGGUCCAUAUGCCAGUCUUUGUGGGGAUGUUGAAAGAAGAGAUUAAUUUUUACGAAAUACUUCUGUUUCAACCAUAUGUAAUAACAGUUAAAUGUUUCAGUU